UCUUUUGCCACUAGUUCUGUCCUUCAUUCUCACCAGAGAGUUCACACUGGAGAAAGGCCUUAUGAAUGCAGUGAAUGUGGGAAAUCUUUUACCACGAGGUCUGUCCUCCGUGAUCACCAGAGACUUCAUACUGGAGAAAGGCCUUAUAAAUGCAGUGAAUGUGGGAAAUCUUUUACCGCUAAUUCGGCCCUCCAUUAUCACCAGAGAGUUCACACUGGAGAGAGACCUUAUGAGUGCAGUGAAUGUGGCAAGUCCUUUGUCCGAAGAAAUAGCCUGAGUGUGCACCUAAAGGUUCACUCAGGUGAAAAGCCUUAUAAGUGUAAUGAAUGUGGGAAAUCAUUGAAAUGUAAGUCAACAUUCGUUGAACACCAGAGAAUUCACACAGGAGACCGGCCUCAUGAGUGCCGUGAUUGUGGGAAAUCUUUUGCUUCUAGGUCUGCCCUUCGUUCUCACCAGAGAGUUCACACUGGAGAACGGCCUUAUGAAUGCAGUGACUGUGGGAAGUCUUUUACCACUACCUCUCACCUUCGUUCUCACAAGAGAGUUCACAAUAGUGAAAGGCCUUAUGAAUGCAGUGAAUGUGGCAAGUCCUUUUGCCGAAGGAAUAGUCUCAAUGUACACAUCAAGGUUCACUCGGGUGAAAGGCCUUACAAAUGUAAUGUAUGUGGGAAAUCUUUGAACUAUAAGUCGACGUUCAUACAACACCAGAGAAUUCACACAGGAGAAAAGCCUUAUCUGUGCAGUGAAUGUGGGAAAUCUUUUAGUUAUAGCCGCGCCCUCCGGUAUCAUCGUCAAAGUCACCUUGCAGUAAGUCCUUAUGAUUGUAGUGAUUGUGGGAAAUCUUUUACUUGUAGUUCUUAUCUCCGUGAUCACCAGAGAGUUCACACUGGAGAAAGGCCUUAUAAAUGCAGUCACUGUGGGAAAACUUUCACUUCUCGUUCCCUCCUCCGUUCUCACCAGAGAUUUCACACUGGAAAAAGGCCUUAUGAGUGCAGUGAAUGUGGCAAGUCCUUCUUCCAAAGAAGUGCCCUGAAUGUACACAUAAAGGUUCACUCAGGUGAAAAGCCUUAUAAGUGUAAUGAAUGUGGGAAAUUGUUGAAGUACAAGUCGACAUUCCUUCUACACCAGAGAAUUCACACAGGAGAAAGGCCUUAUGCUUGCAGUGAAUGUGGGAAAUCUUUUUUCAGUUAUGGUGCUCUCAGUUACCAUCACAGAGUUCACAUUGGAGAAAGACAUUAGGAGUACUGGGGAUGUGGGAAAUCUUUCAGCUAAAUUUCCAGUCUCAUUCAAGAUGAGAAAGUAUGCAGUAAAUAGUGUCUUUAUGGGUAGUAACAUGAACUAAAUGGUUCUGUUCACUGAUGUUGAUAUGUUGACUCCCUGUCCUGUAAUGCAAUAGGAGUAGCAGGUGAUGUCUUUGGGAGGUAAUUGAUACUAGAAUGGAUCAUGUGUGUGAAUUCCUAAUGAAUGGUUUUAAUGUCUUCUAAGUAUUCUGAGACAGCUUGCUUCGCCUAUCAAUCAUGUGAGGACCCUUUGGGGAGAUCUAUAAAUCCGGAAGCUGGUCCUCACCAGACAUAAAACCAGACCGUAUGGGGAAUGUUAUGGGAGAUAUCCAGCCUCCAGAAGUGAGAAAUUUCUGUUGCUUACAAGCCACCCAGUUUAUCAUAUUUUGUGAGAGCGGCCUCAGCUAAGACACAUGUGAAGAAUGUGGGUAAUGUUUUGGGCAAAGAUAACCGUUUCAUAAAAAUCGGAAUUCACCUUGGAGCAUGACCACAUGAGUGAGGUGAAGGACACCAGUCCUUCAGCUAGACAUCUGUCUUCAUUCCACACUUCAGAGUUCACACUGCAGAAAGACUCUAAAAUGGUGGAGAAGGUGAUAGUUCCUUCCUUAGUGUAUUAUGCUGAGGAGAACCUUAUGAGGCAGCCACCUUCCUGAAUUGAGUUUUGUUCACCUGCCUGUCCACAGUGGAGUGACUUCCCGUAAGUUCCAGCUAUUUGGGAAAGUUCAGAAGUUGUAUUGGGUGUUCUGAUGCGUCUGAAGUCAUUGCUGGAAGUCACUGUCAGAUUCUGUGACAGAAAUCAUUUCACCUCUGCCACCUGGAUGGUCCCAGUAACGAACAUCUGUCACCACCCAGCUUAAUGACGCUGACCACUUUGCUUUGUCGUUUGCUGAUGGAAGUUAUGGGUACUGGGAUCUCCUCAUUGCCUUCUAAGUUAGUGCAUGGAUGUGACCCAGUGUUGACCCUCCGUACCUCUUGAGUUCUGGAUGGUGUUUUGCAGAGAAAGAGUAAAUAUUUUGGGGACGUUGUUAGUCUCCUGAGGAUUGUGAUAAAUCUUUGCAGCUUCUAAGUCAGCAACACAGGAAUUGGGUGCUAUGUGCUGCUCUGGUUUAUGCAUUACUAAAUGCCUUUUUUGUUUAAUUACCAUUAGUCUUAGGUGUUAAAUUCACUUUAAGGGGGUGGUGUGAAAUUAGAAUUGAGCUCUGCCAGACAUAGUGAACAGAGUUCAUUGCCACCCAAACUUACUGUGUCUCAGAGUGGAUGAUUGCAAAUAAACAAUACAGAGGUCA